AUGGCUUCGAGAACCCUAACGGACUUUUUCCAACCCGCUUCGAAGCGGUUGAAGGCCACGCUCCCGCCAUCCUGCAAAUCUGACGAGGCCAACGCCUCCACGCUUCCCGUCGACCAGAAGUUGCGCGUGGAAUACAACAAACUCCUCGCCAAGUCCAAGCGGAAUCUCAAACUUUGCGUCGAUAGGGUCUCCAAGACCAAAGGUUUAGGUGGUGUGAAGCUGGAGGAGGUGCUGGUGGAGGAAACCUGGUUGGAGGCUAUCCCUGGUGAACUUCAGAAACCCUAUGCACUCACUCUGUCGAAGUUCGUGGAAAGUGAGAUUUCGAGUGGCGACGACGUCGUAUUCCCUCCCACGCACUUGAUUUUCAACGCUCUUAACUCUACGCCUUUUCAUAGAGUCAAAGCUGUCAUCCUUGGCCAGGACCCUUAUCAUGGGCCUGGUCAAGCAAUGGGGCUUUCAUUCUCAGUUCCUGAGGGAAUCAAAGUCCCUUCCAGUUUGGUGAAUAUAUUCAAGGAGCUUCAUCAAGACCUUGGUUGCACCAUUCCACCUCAUGGAAAUCUUCAAAAAUGGGCUGUGCAGGGUGUUCUCUUACUCAAUGCUGUUCUCACAGUCAGGAAGCAUCAAGCAAAUUCUCAUGCUAAAAAAGGCUGGGAACAAUUUACUGAUGCUGUUAUCAAGACAAUCUCACAGAAGAGGGAAGGAGUUGUGUUUCUGUUGUGGGGAAAUUCUGCUCGGGAGAAAUCUAGGUUAAUUGAUGCAACAAAGCAUCACGUUCUUACAGCUGCACAUCCUUCUGGUUUGUCUGCAAAUAGAGGCUUCUUUGGUUGCAGGCACUUCUCUCGCACAAAUCAACUUCUGGAGCAAAUGGGGAUUGAUCCCAUAGAUUGGCAACUAUAA